GGUUGGAUCUCGCCAGUCUUCCACUGACCGGCAUCGCAUCCGCACCACACAGAACAACGGUCCAAACUAAUGACGAUCAUCACGCCAACAAAUAUUCACAGUUUCGUGUAAUCCGAAUUGUGUCGACUGUCGAAUUACUUACAAAAUUGAAGGCGCAUUUUGUUGGACGAGGAUAAAACGUCACGACAAAAUCAGAUUGGAUUGAACCAUCGUUCUUCAGUUUAUCUUUUUUUCAAUUUGUGCUCGCAGAUUUUGAACAAAAGCGACAAGUCAAGUGGCCAAGGAAAUUGACUCCUCAUUUCAUUGGUUGUCACUUGUGCUGGUUCGAAAGAUUACGAGUCUUCACGUGUUCUUGUGACGUUACUUCACUCCACUCAAUCAACAAUGGCUCAUCGUGACCGGAUGAUGACGGCAUACCUGAGAUCAGCCAACACGACAAUGAUGCUUCUCCUUCUCACCUUGCCAUCGCUGCUAACAGGAACUUGGUCGGGACUUGUCACGGCGACUGAUACAUCGGCAGCAACAACUUGCACUUUUACGUCGAGGAAUUACGCGGUCGGCGACGUCUGGUACCCACGACUCGGUCAACGAGGAGCCCUUCAUUGCGUCGCUUGCAUUUGCCAAGAGGGCGGUAAAAUCAACUGCACCAUCCACGAAUGCGGCGGAGAGGAGUGCACGUCGCCCGAAUCUGCCGCCACUAACGAAUGCUGCAUCCACUGCGCAAAAGAGGCAAAAUCAUCGACUUUGAUGGCCGCGUCAACACGUCCCGCAUCUCUCUAUCCAGAUGAAGUUCCAGUCUCUUCUUUCUCCUCUUCGGAUCUGAGUGGCAGUUCGACGUCACCUGGCGUCACCUGUUUGCAUAAUGGCAACGUCUAUCGUCACAAGGAGCGUUUCACUUCUUCUAACGUCGGCCUCAAACCGGAACACCCCGAUCAGUGCGUUCAGUGCUCUUGCGAGGGCGGAAUGGUCAUGUGCCAACUAAAAGAUUGCCCCAAAGCCGACUGUGAAAAGCCGAUCCGGACCAAAGACGAUUGCUGCCCUGUCUGUCCAGAUCCAGCUGGUAGAGUGGACGAAAUGGACAAUUCUCCCGUUAUCAUUCAACAGCAGACGGAUGGAAUAAACGGCAAAAUGGAAGAUUGCAUCUCCGGUGGCCGGUAUUACCUUCACGGGACGACUUGGCAUCCGGUGAUGGGACCGUUCGGGCCAAUGGACUGCGUCAAUUGCAAAUGCAAAUCUGGCAGGAUCGAAUGCCAACGUUUGGAAUGCCCCAGUCGGCCGGCACUCGGCUGCGAAAGACCCGUCAAAGUUGCCGGUCGCUGCUGUCCCGUCUGUCCACUUUACGAAGGAGACAUUCAAGGUCCCGUGACGCCUUUGCUCUCGUCUUCGCCCAUCACUGGGACACGGUCCAACAUUCAAGGAACAUCUGGAAUGGACAGUAGCAGCAAAAUCAGGACAUCUAAUCGACCUUUGCCGCCCCAUUCCUCGUCUUCGCUCAUCAAGUCCUCCACCCAUCACGCCAACUUUACGUUGUGCUUGCCCAAGGAAUACGACGUCGUUGUCUACCGCGCACAAGGAGGUGGCAACGCUUCUGAAUUCAUUCAGUACAUCUUUCAGCAAGUGGUCAACGGCUAUGCCAUCGAACACCACCUUUGGAUGCUACAGCCCAUGGUGACAACUUACAAAGUACAAGAUCUGACCAGGGACCAGUCCGAGGCUCUCCGUCAACGGUUUCGCUUUGUCCUUCUUGGUGCCACUGCCACAAAACACGUCAAACGAUUCACCAAACGCGAAAAGAAACUGAAACCAAAGUGUUUGCCAAAUUCCGGUUGCCCGAAAAAGAUCCGUCGUCUAGAACGAAACCUCGUGCUCCAAGAAGUCACCAGCCGCAGAGCGUGUUUACCAAUCGAAGUGGAAGCCAACACUCGCUGAACCCAAAUAUUUAACCCGUCUCUGCUCGUGACUGGUAUCAGUCGCAAUCUUCAAAUUAUCAAUCCUACAUCCAACGACAUAUUAUUUCAACUGAAGUGCAAUCUACAUAGACUCUCUUGACAUUUUCUUUCGGUGGCUCGGGUCUAAGCGGACGUGAUUUACUGUACUCGGACGCGGGUACAAAGCCAGAUAUGAUGCCGUGGAAACAAAACUUAAACAUAUGCUUUUCUUCGCAUUAUCGCCGACGUAUUCCAUGUAAUCCCCUGAUUGGUCUCCAUGGGUUUGGAGCACUUUGUUUUGGUGUAAGAAAAGAGGCUACCUAUUGAUGAACGCAGUUUAUGAAAAGGGAAAAUAUGUAGACCACCUUCUACACCUGCUAUGUUGUGUACCUUGAUAGCAAAAUUCAAGUAACCUACGUCUCAAAGAAGUAGUUUUUUUCCAACUCAGCAUUUAAAAAAAUAAUACUCCGUUAUCGCAUCAUUGUACCAAGUGAUGUCAGAUUUAGAAAAAUCUAGCCACCACAUUUUUGACACUCCUUUUCUCAUCGCCUCAUCCAAUAUUGUAUUUAAAAACGAGAAACACAAAGCUUAUUUAAAAACCUGUAUAAAUGUAUUCGAUUUCCAUGUAAAUCAAUUACUUGUAUAGUGAUCAAUCGUUGCAGAGUGUUUCAAGCCGGAAACUUGACCACAAAUUCAACAGAGCCGAAUUGCAGGUCCAUCUGUUAGAAGUUCAGAAAGAAACCUGUUCGGAGUGAGUUCAAACGUGUGACUUCAAUAGUUAAAUGCGUGAAUGCUAAACGGCACGAACGGUCAUAUAUGUGGCUCAAUUUCCCUCAUUUCAGGCUUUGUACUUGAGUGAACGACAGCUCACGUGAGUGUCGUACACGCCGAGUAAGACUGGAAAUGGGAACGAAACCAAGAUCCUGUCAAUUCCCCAUGAAUGUUGUCUGUAGAAUCAAAUCCUGUCGCUGGCCGAUGUAGACCCGGAUUAUUAACUUCGCUGGUCUUCCGCAUAUAUCCAUCACGCAUUCAUUAUUCCUUUUGUUUCAUGAGAUUUCACCCUUUGCUGUGAAUGUUUGGUGAUGAUACUCGAUUGGUCGCUGAUUAGAUACAUUGCUUAAGCUAUGCAUUGUGAACUGCGACAUCCGGCAAAUGGUCUAUGUGCUAACAAUAUGUUGCUAAGUUUGUUUGUUUUACCUAGAGACCCAAUUUCUAUACCAAGUCAUAAAACAAAAGGAUACGUGACCUCAUUCUUAUCGACAAAUCUGUCCUUCGACUGAUCCUCAUUAUGAUGUUAUAUUCAAUUUGCAGUGCCAAAUAAAAGAAAAAAGUAUAAGAAGCA